AUGUCUUUAAGCGUCGUGCUGACGCUUAACUUUUUUCCCCCAGGUGUUCAUAUAAUUAAUAUUGGCAAGACGUGGGAAAAAUUGAUUUUCGCUGCCCGUAUUAUUACUGCCAUUGAAAAUCCCGCUGAUGUAGUAAUAAUUUCAGCUCGUCCAUAUGGUCAGCGUGCUGUAUUAAAAUAUGCUUCGUACACUGGUGCACAGCCUAUUGCCGGUCGAUUUACUCCUGGAACUUUUACGAAUUACAUUACUAGAUCUUUCAAAGAGCCUCGAUUAAUUGUUGUAACUGAUCCGAGGACUGACCAUCAAGCAAUCAAGGAGGCUUCUUAUGUUAAUAUUCCCGUUAUUGCAUUAUCUGAUACAGAUUCUCCUCUUCGUUUUGUCGAUGUUGCGAUCCCUACCAAUAACAAGGCUAAGCAUUCAAUUGGUUUAAUCUAUUGGUUGUUGGCUCGUGAAGUACUUCGUCUUCGCGGCACCAUUACAAGAGAUUCUCCAUGGGAUGUAAUGGUUGAUAUGUUCUUCUACCGUGAUCCAGAAGAAGCAGAGAAAGAAGCCGAGACUACUACUACAACGGAUAAAAUUGUUGCACCAUUUGAAACUCCUUGGGAACAACAAGAAAUGCCUAGUGAUUGGGAUGCGACUGGCACAACAGCACCUGGUGGUGUUAACCCUGUUGUUGCCAUGGUUGCGACUGCUAAUCCAACAAACGUCGGAGAUUCAAAUUGGGAUACACAAGAAACGGAAGCUACCGGUUGGGGCGAGUCUACCUAUGAUAAUUCAUUUGCAGAGACUGGUGCUGGUUUUACCGAACCUACUGAAACAGCAACGUUCGAAACUACUCCUUUUGGCGAUUCUAGUGGCAA